GAAAAGAAAAUGACAGAUCAGACGCCAUUCAAAAUGAAGCUGGAGGGUAAAGUGGCGAUCAUAACCGGCGGUGCAAGCGGUAUCGGCGAGGCGACGGCGCGUCGCUUUGCGGAGCAUGGCGCACGCGCUGUCGUGAUUGCUGACAUUCAAGACGAGCAGGGCCAGCGAGUGGCCGAAUCGAUUGGGUUACAUCGCUGCAGGUACAUCCACUGUAACGUCACUGACGAGCAGCAGAUCAAGGACCUGGUGGAAUCAACGGUCCAGAUGUAUGGGCAACUGGAUAUCAUGUUCAGCAAUGCCGGGAUAAGUGGAGGGGACCAGCCCAUACUCGACCUGGACCUGUCAGCUUACGACGCGUCGUCAGCAGUGAACGCACGGGGCAUGGCGGCGUGCGUGAAGCACGCGGCGUGUGCGAUGGUGAAGGGUGGGGUGAAAGGGAGCAUAGUGUGCACUGGGAGCAUACUCGCUUCGGGGGGGCCCGUGAAAUUCACGGACUAUGCAAUGGCGAAGAGCGCAAUAUUAGGGCUGGUGAAGUCGGCGAGCAGGCAGCUGGGCGCGUACGGAAUAAGGGUGAACAGCGUGUCGCCGGGGGGCGUGGCGACGCCGCUGUUGUGCAAAACGCUCCAGAUGGGCGCAGAGGAGUUGGAAACUCUACUGGAUAAGUACAAGUGCUUGCAAGGAAAAGGGCCAAUGAAAGAGAAAAACGUGGCGGAUGUUGUGUCGUUCCUUGCUUCAGAGGAGUCAGCCUUCGUCACUGGACAUGACUUGAUCGUGGACGGUGGCCACCCACACUGACCGCCAGGCCUAUCAUCAUCUGCUGUGUUACCUUCUUCCAUUUAUGGAUUCUCUUAAAUUUCAAAUAAAUUCAUGGGAAUGGGAUAAA